UUAUAUUGUUCUAUUUUGCUCUCAUUUCUUAACAAUUUGGAGUUAAUAGCAAAGUUACUUUUUCGAUUCAAGCAUUGGGCCCUGUGAUUUAAAACCUGCAAGCCCACAAUAUCUUCUAGCCCAUUUACCUUGACCAUCCCAUCGAUAUCCUGAUUGAUUACGGUCCCCAAAUUUCAAAUUCCGCGCGAGCUUCUCAGUUGAAAAACACUUUCCCUCGGCUCGGCUCCCAACUUGCUCCUCUCCAUUUUUCUUCUGCGGCGGUGAUCACUGAUCGGUGAUCUAUUUCUCUGGCAGAAUCGAGUUGUAAGUUUCCGAAACGACUUCUUCUUCUGAACGGAAGUUGGUUGAAUCAAAUCGACAAUGGAACUAGAAGUUGCUGAUGUCACAAAUAAGCGCCUGAAACCUUCUGUGGAGGAUAAUGAAACCACACGGACUGAUAUUGAAAUUGCAAAGGCUACCGAAGAAGAAACUGCUGCUGCCACACUGGCAUCUGAACAGAUGGAGCUGGAGAUUGCUAAUAUUCUGGGAAAGAUCAACCGUUUCACUAACCUGGUCUCUGAACUGCUGGAAUCAGGGAAGUCCAUGCUGAAGGAACUGAGUAAUGAGUUUGAAGAGCGGAUUAUUUUAGUACACAAGGAACAAAUGGAGAAGUGGCAAGAAAAGAUUAAGGAACUGCGCUUGCUUGAUACUUCAAAUGAGGAGGCUGAUGCUCUUUUGGGAAAUGCUAAAUAUCUACUUCAGAAUGUCCAGGGUGAAUCCUGAGCUAUCUGCACUAUGCUAAAGCUUCUCAAUAGAUUGGUACUUCUGUUCUUACUAAAAGUGGUUUUGUCACCUAGAUUGGUACUUCUGUUCUUACUAAAAGAACAAUAACAGAGCCUUACAUGAUCGACAAGAGGAGAAAACGAAUACAUUUGAAGAAUUACCAUACAUUUUGAUGCUAACUGAUGUAAAGCUGCUUAAUACUUCCCCUAUGACAAACUUCUAUAGUUUUCUGACUGAGAAGUCUACAAAAAGUAUAGCAAAUUGGAAACAGUGAGCUUUUGGUGCACAUAUCUAUUGAAUUUCUGUGCUCUUCAUUUUGUUAUUUUGCUCUCCAAUCUAUAGUUCCUUUUUGCUAUAUCUGCUGUGAGCCUGCUCCAUAAGUUGUUCAUAGCAAGCUGACUGUCUUCUUAAUGUUUCUCUCCAUCUAUUACUUUAAUCACCUUAUUUGAUCUUAUAUGAUCCAAGGCCAAAGCUCUCUUUUAAUCGCCUUAUUUGAUCUUAUAUGAUCCAAGGACCAAGCUCUCUUAGAGAUUUGUAAAUAUCAACCUUAAUUCCAUUACUUUUAUGGAAUAGCACAUAUAAAUUAUUUUCAUCAUGCUCUCAGAUAGAAAGCAGAGUGGGGUUCCGAAGUUAGGAGCUUCAGUAUAAACUAUAACGUGAAUUUUUUCUAUUUGAGGCCUAAAAACUAGUUACAUCGGAACACAAAGAGAACAAACCAUAUGCAGUAGUAGAAAUAUAUAUCAUUCUCUGCUUUCAGCGAGAGCCUAAAAUUGUCAGUUCCAAUUUUCAUUCCAUUUGCUUUAAAAAGUUGUCAAACAUGGAUAAGACUGAUCCAACCAUCUAUCAAAAUUAGAGAAAACACGAGAAGAAGAAACGGAUUAAACAUGGAAGCAAUUGAAA